AUGCUUAGGUUUUCAAGCCUCCUGGAUGCUUUCUUCUUUGCAUGUCUUGCGCUGGGGCUCGAAUGCGCCCGUGUCAGCGGGGCCACUUUUACUGAGACAAGAAACGUCAUCUUCCACACAGUACUGCGGGCCAGAAUCGAGGACAUUGGUACUCUCACCAUACCCGACGUCAUUGCUACCAUCUGCACGAUAACCAUACCCAGGGUGACGACAACAAUAACAGCAGUCGUCGAAAGCAGCACUGCUAGUCCGCUAGACACGAUCAAAUCACUUCUGUUUUACUAUGUGUUUUAUACCUACGGUAUAAAGGCAUACCGCCACGUCCGCGCGAGAGGAUUACGGAGGUGUAUGUCAGAGACUGUGAAGGCAGUCGUCAAAGACACCCUUCUUCUUUUCCUUGCUCUCCCACCUGGGCGAUCAAAGGUCCAGUCAGAACUGUCCCAAGUUCGAAUGGAAAUCGAAAAGAAGCUGGUACCAGAAGGUACUGGUGUGCAGAGACAUCUUGAGCUUCCUCACCAGGGUCAGUCAUUGGAAUGGAUUUUGAAGGAGAUGGAGAGAAUGGAUGAGGAGUUUGGCAGUAGCAACCGAGGCGAGAAUGAGCAACAUACGAAAGGGGUAGACUGGAGAGAAGGGAAAAUAAGCGGGACUGUGUACCACGGUGGUAUGGACCUGACCCGCGUGAUUGUCGCCGCGUUUGAGCGAUACGCUCUCGCAAAUCCGUUGCACCCUGACGUGUUCCCCGCGAUCCGAAAGAUGGAAGCCGAGAUUGUGUCUAUUUGCCUUAGAUUGUUCCACAACCCAGACGGUGCGGGCACGAUGACAUCAGGUGGCACAGAGUCAAUUGUAAUGGCCGUGAAGACCCAUCGCGAUUGGGCGAGGGCAGUAAAAGGGAUUACGGAGCCCGAAAUGGUCGUUCCACUCACCGCUCACGCGGCGUUCGACAAGGGAGCUGCGUAUAUGGGUGUCAAGGUACACACGAUCCCCGUCGACCCCAUUACUCGCGCAGUCGACAUGAGACGUGUUCGUAGGGCUAUAAAUUCAAACACAAUCAUGCUCGUUGGUUCCGCUGUUAAUUUUCCCGACGGAAAUCAAGAUGACAUUGUCGCCCUUGGACAACUGGCUUCGCGGUAUAAUAUCGGUCUUCAUGUCGACUGCUGUCUUGGCUCGUUUGUUUUACCAUUUCUUGAAGCUUCUGGGCUCGCCGACGGUGAGGCAGACGCGGAGGGGAAGGUGAGGUAUAGACUGGAACCGUUUGACUUCAGGGUCAAAGGUGUGACCAGCAUUAGUUGUGAUACGCAUAAGUACGGAUUCGCACCCAAGGGUUCCUCUGUAAUCAUGUACCGCGACUCAUCCCUCCGGCGGUAUCAGUACUAUGUCAAUCCAGAUUGGACGGGCGGUGUGUAUGCGAGUCCGAGUCUGUCGGGGUCGAGACCCGGGUCGUUGAUUGCAGGGACUUGGGCCGCGAUGCAAUACAUCGGAUCGGACGGAUACCUGGCGUCUUGUCAGUCCAUCGUCACUUGUGCACGAAAAAUCGCCAACGCAAUUACUACAUCCAUUCCUUCUUUAUACGUCAUCGGUUCGCCACCUUCGAGUGUCGUCGCAUUCGCGUCACGUGACAAGGACGUAGAUGUAUAUGAGGUCGGGGAUGCAAUGGCAAAGCGUGGAUGGCAUUUGAACGCGAUCACGGAGCCAAAAGGGGUGCAUAUUGCUUGUACAAAACUCACAUUAACACUUGCGGAUACGUUUGUAGAGGAUCUCAAGGCAUGUGUCGAGAAGGCCCGGCUAGCGCCGGAAGGGAAGGGGACAAUGGUGGCGCUCUACGGCCUGGGCAGCUCGAGCCCCGUGGGACCGACCCUGAUGGGCGAGGUCGCAACUAUCUUCCUCGACACGUUGUAUCAGGCUUAG